GAAAAAUUUGUUCUGUCAAUCUACACCUUAUCUCUCGCUCUCGUAACAAAAACAUAAGCAUUCAUUGCCUAAUCUAAUAUUUUUCGGACUCUUAAGUAAAAUGCUAAUAAUAUCGCAACAAAUCGUCAAAUUGAUCAAAUAGUUAGUGCAUAGUUAAUCGAUAAAUAUGCCGGAAAGCAAUGGCAAUAAUUACCAGAAACAGCAAACCCCAUGUUUAGUGGUUAUAAAAUGUGUUAAAUUUAUUCCAGUUCUUUUUAUCCUUUCUAUCUUUCUAUGGAGCUACUAUGCGUACGUAUUUCAGCUGUGCAUUUUGUACGUACAGACGGUCUACGGGAAGAUAUUUAUGCUCAUAUUCUACCACAUUCUGUUCGUAAUGUUCCUUUGGGCGUAUUGGCAGACAGUUUUUACUCCAAUCAGAACGGUGCCGUCAAAGUUCCACAUACCUCCAAGCGAAAUGGAUAGACUGACACGAGCCGAUUCACAAGAAACACAAAAACAGAUUCUGGAAACAUUUGCGAAAGAUCUUCCCAUUAGCAACAGAACAAUAACCGGAUCGGUUCGUUUCUGCUUCAAAUGUAUGCUCAUUAAACCGGAUCGGGCUCACCAUUGUUCCGUUUGUGGAACCUGUGUGCUGAAGAUGGACCAUCAUUGUCCCUGGGUCAAUUCGUGUGUGAACUUCAGCAACUACAAGUUCUUCAUCCUAUUUCUUGGCUACGCAUUGAUAUACUGCCUCUACAUAUCACUCACAUCGCUCAAAUAUUUCAUCCUAUUUUGGGAGGGUAAGCUUGAUGGCGGAAUGGGACGAUUUCACAUUUUAUUUCUAUUUUUUGUGUCUGUGAUGUUUGCGGUCAGUUUAGUUAGUUUAUUCGGUUAUCAUUUGUAUUUGGUGGCGUUAAAUAGAACGACAUUAGAGGCCUUUAGAGCACCAAUCUUUCGAGUUGGUGGUCCCGACAAAAAUGGCUACCAUCUAGGUCAUUACAACAACUUUCAAGAAGUCUUUGGUGAUAACUGGAAAAUUUGGUUUUUGCCCAUUUUUAGCAGUUUGGGCGACGGUCUGGUGUACCCGACACAAAGUCAACAUUUGUCAACCGUUUAUGAAUCGAUAAGUAAUAGUCCAACGUCAAGAAUUGACAUUGAACGUGGCGAUGAAAUUAAACCAUUGGAAACGGUUUUAAUUGACGUUGCAGAACAUACAACUGAAAAUGAUCGAAAGAAGUCGGACAAUGUGUUGUUAUGAAUGAAAUGUAUGGUUCGCGCAUAUAUUAAUUGAAAAGAGAAAAAUGUGGAGGAAUGAGAGUUGUGAUAGGUGUCGUCAUACAUACAUUCUGUGACUGCCUUAUUUUAUCACGAUAAAAGAAAAACAAACACACACACAGACACACGCAUAACGUAUGUACAAAAUUAAUAAAUUGAAAAAAUUUAGCAAUAAAGAAUAAUCUCCAAAUUAAGUGUUCGUAAACGUUCUUGGUCCUUGAUGGAAUUUCGUAAAUUAAAUUUUCCUUUUUGACGUCCAUUUUCUUUCAUAAAUUUAUAUUUGAGAAAACAUUUCGUUGGAUGCAUUUAACAUGUCUUGGGCACAAACUUUGUUGUCGUUAUUUGACUCAACAACAACAAAGAGUAAUUUUAAUUUGCAUUAAGCUGGGAAGAAUUUUUAAAACGGGAAGAUGACGAUUGUUCCCUCUAUUCAAAUACGUUCGAGAUCUCUGUCCUGUCAACGAGAAUUGAAACAUUUGUAGUACUUAGAACACCA